UCAAAAUCAAAAUCUCCCUAAGGUUUCACGAAUUUUACGCCACCGAAAGGCCAAUAAAGUAUCACUGCAUAGAAAUCAAGUGUGCUUCGUAUCCACAGACACAGUCCCCACCGGCGCAAAGGUGUAUUCAAAUACUGUAGUGGAAAAUGGAAGAAUUUGCCUUAGUAAAGCUUGAAGACGAACCAACAGCAAUAAAGGUGGAAAAAGUUGAACUAUUCGAUUCUGUUCUGACUACGGAGCCGAGUGAUUACAAUUCCGAAGAUGCGGCAAACAACACUUCCAGUGCUAUGAAACGGGAACCUACAGUAAACAUUAUCGAUGAAGCGGACGAAGAAACAGGACCGCCUUCUGUCCCACCAGUAGUGCCUGCAGCAGCCGGUUCAAGCAGCAUGGACGAUUCGGAAAAGAAAUACCAGUGGAAACACAUUUGCGAUAUCUGCUCCAAAGGAUAUAUGACAGAAAGUUCCCUCAAAUGCCAUAGGAGAAUGCACACCAGAGAAAGGCCGUUCAAAUGUGACAUAUGCGACAAAGAUUUCAGCACUAUUGUCAGACUAAACCAUCACAAAGUGAGUCACACGUGGGAAAAGAAAUUCAAAUGCGAAAUAUGUGGCAAAUAUUUUUCACUUCAAAAACGAUUAACGCUUCAUCUGAAAGAGCACGGCACGGAAAACCCGUAUAAAUGCACAAUUUGUGAAAAAAGAUUCAAAAUCCAAUCUUUGCUCGUGAAACACAUGCAGCAUCACAGCGAUGAGCGAUCGUUUAUAUGCGACAUCUGCGGAGCGUCAUACAAGACAGCUAGCGCUCGUAAUGCCCAUCGCAAAAUUCACACAUCCGUCGAGCCCAAACCUUUCGAAUGCGACGAGUGCGGGGUUCGGUUCGUUCAGAAGAGUGGCCUUACAACUCACCGGAAAUUGCACAGUUCGGAUCGUCCACACGAGUGCUCCGUUUGUGGAAAAACCUUCAAGCUUGCUCAUUAUCUCGCAAAGCAUGCGCGCCUUCACGGGAACAAGCAACAAUCUAAAAGCGAAUAUUUUUGCGACAUCUGUGACAAGAAAUUCACUACAAAACAUUCCCUCCUGAGUCACCGGAUAACGCACACCGGCGAAAAACCGUUCGCAUGCACUAUUUGCGGCAAAACUUUCAGCGUAGCCGCCCAUCUUAAAGCCCACGAAGCCCUUCACUAUGCAAAGGAAAAGAACUUCAAAUGUGAAAUAUGUGGCAAAGAUUUCAUCUCGAAAAAGCAGUUAUCCACACAUCAGAAGGUACACAGCACGGAUCGUCCGCACCAGUGCCCACUAUGUGGGGUAUCGUACGUGUAUCACUAUCUGCUCGUACGGCACAUGGGCAGACACAACAGCGAUGAGCGGCUAGUAUUUGCGUGCGAAAGCUGCGGCUUAACGUACAAGUCACUUCACGCCCUGAAUGCUCACCGGAAAAUCCACGCCAACAUCGAGCCAAAACCGUUCAAAUGUGAUAUUUGCGACAGGUCGUACAAAUCAUCUAGUAGUCUGAACGUUCACCGAAAAAAUCAGCAUCCAUUGAAUGAAAUUGAAAUAAAAGUUUAG